AUGACUGAUAGAUCAAAUCCAUCUUCAUCUAGUUAUGAAACUAGUGGCGGGGAUGAUGUUCCAUUAUCAAGACGUCAACGAUUAUUAGGAUUUGCGAAAGCAACCAGAGAAACUUAUAUCCCUAAGAUUACCACUUCAGUUACAAGAUUGGCCACAGAUGCCUCGCGUGCCUUUACUAAUGGAGCUGAAUUAUAUGAUGAUCAAGGUCAUCUUAUUCUUCCUAAGGAUACUACUAUUGAAUUAUUUCCAUCUUAUACUAGGGAAAUUGAUGGAAAGUAUUUUGUUGAUGUGAAAGGUUGGGUAUCAUGUCCUGGAUUAAUGACUAGGAAAAAUCGUUUAAUCCUUUCAUUAGCAAGACAAAUCACAAAAUAUAAUACCAAUGGUUCAAAUUCAAAUCAAGCCUUAUCUCAAUUAGGUAGUGACGCCUUACAUCAAGAUACAUUAUUGAAUACAGAUAAUGCAUCAGAUUCAGAUUCUAUAAUUUCAGAUCAAUCUAAAAUUGAAGAAGGUUUAAAUCCUAUAAGUUCAGCCAAUCUGGCUUAUCCUAAUGCAGAAGAUACUAUUAAAGAAAGAUUAGCAUGUUUCAUAGCUCGUUCCAUACCGAAUGCUGAAAUAGAUAUAGUGGUAGGAUCUCAAUUCAAAAUGGAUCAUAACAAAAUCAAAGUUGAAUCAGUUAUAACUGAUAGUUAUGGUAAUUUUGAAACUUGCAUAGAAGUAGAUUAUCGUCCAUCAGUAGUUCAAGUUAAAGCUACUACUGAUGAAUCAAUCUUUACAUUCCAAGAUAUAAUGAUUACAUCUGGUACAGGUAUAGCAUUAAUAAGUGAUAUCGAUGAUACUAUUAAACUUACUGGUGUUAUUGGAGAUAAAAGAGAACUUAUGACAAAUUUAUUACUAAAUGAUGUAUUAAAAUGGAAAAUAGCUCCUGUGGUUAAUUGGUAUGAUGAUUUAUAUACUACUGAUCAUAUUUCAUUUCAUUAUGUUUCUAAUUCACCUUGGCAAUUGUUCAGUACGAUUGAACAAUAUUUCAAAGUUGUUAAUCUCCCUGUUGGUUCAGUCCAUUUAAAACAAUAUUCAGGUAAUAUUCUAUCAUCAUUAAUGGAACCAUCAACUGAAAGAAAGAAGAAAUCAUUAACUAAGAUUGUUGAAGAUUUCCCUAAUAAGAAAUUCAUUUGUGUAGGAGAUUCAGGAGAAUACGAUCUUGAAGCAUAUGUGGAGUUAGCUAAAUUAAACCCAGGUGUUGUGAUAUCCAUUAAUAUUAGAUAUGUUAAGGAUUCCCUUUCUGAAUUGGAUGACUUGAAAAUUUUAAGUGAAUUAAGAAGAUUACUUGCAUCAAAUAAAAAAUCAUUAAAUGUGGUGACUUCUCAAGAAAAGGAAAUCUCUCCUCCUCCACCACCUAAAGUAGAAGUUAAUUUGAUUGAUUUAGAAUCAUCUUCAUCAGAUGAUGAAGGUCCAUCACCUGUCUACUAUGCUAGAAAGACAAAAUUACCUCCUAUAGUACCUAAGAAACCAAAAGGACUUCAAGGUAUACAAUUAGAAAAAUCCCCAGCCUUACCGUCUAGAGAUUAUCUUAAUCGAGCUCAAACUGAUUCGGUCAUUAACCCAAUUGAACACAAUAAACCUGAAGAUGAUGAACUACCAUUACCACUCCCACCAAGAAGAAGUACAGACCAACCACCACAACCAUUUGUACAUGCUGCAACUGAUACGCUUGAUCAUGAUAUUAAUAUCAUUGAUAAUUUACAAAAUAUUUAUGAUUCACCUUAUUUUUUUCAAUUAGAAGAAAUGGAUAGGAAAGGUGCAAAUUGGAUUCGAAAGAUUAUAACCGCUAUAAAGGAUUUAGAAGGUACCGGUACAGAAUUAACUAUUUUUACUGAUGAAGAAACUGAUUUCUUUGAUACAAAGCGCAUUCUUGAAGAAAUUAAAAAGUUAAAACUAUAA